CUGCCUCUUGUCCACGUUUCCGGCGACAAUGACCAAGAGAACGAAUAAGGCGGGAAUCGUGGGAAAAUAUGGCUCACGAUAUGGUGCCAGUCUUAGGAAGCAGAUCAAGAAGAUGGAAGUGAGCCAGCACAGCAAAUACUUCUGCGAGUUCUGCCGGAAGUACGCCAUCAAGAGAAAGGCUGUUGGUAUUUGGGGUUGCAAGGACUCCGGGAAAGUUAAGGCCGGUGGUGCAUACACUAUGAACACUGCUAGUGCGGUGACAGUGAGAAGUACCAUUAGACGGCUAAGAGAGCAAACCGAAAGCUAGAGAUUGAACCAUUUUACAGAGAAUUUUCUUCAUCUAUUUAUUUAUAUAAUACAGAGCACAAACAAGUUCCUUUAGUGGGUUUUGUUUUCCCUAAGUGGAGUUCGUUGUAGUAUUUUUGAGUUUCUUAAUUGCAUUUGCCAAUUUGAAUAGAAAGAUCUUCAAAAAGAAGACAAACAAGCAUAGCCAAACAAGAAAUAUUUACGUUUGGUUUUGUAUCUUUACAGUGUUUACGUUAAAAUAUUUACGUUUUGAUAA